UUUAUUUCGGGUGGUUGAAUUCUUUUUAUUUUUAAUUUUUGAGCUGUUUUUCUUCCCAUUAAGGAGACGUGUGCGCCAGUGUCAAUUAGGCAUGCAAUUUCUCUUUCAUUUAUUAAGGUAUUUAUUCUAAAGUUUUCGUCACAUUGAGUUUCAUGAAAUGAUGCUACUUCUAUUAUUUCAAUGUGUUGAAUUUCUAUACUGGGCCAUCGUUCGUUUAAGGGAGGGGUCCUUUCAGUUUUUUCUGCCAAUUCAAUUUCUCGAAUCUCACGCCUUUUAUUUUUAUAUUUUUGUAAUAAUUUUGUUGCGCGGAUAUAGGAAUUACUAACAUUAAAUAAAAGAUUUAAGUAUUGAAGUAUAGCUGGAGGAAUUAUUA